AUGCUCGUCAUUUUGUCUGGCUCGAGGCGCCAGAACACUUCAAAUGAAAACAACCAAAACACGACAACUGCCAAGUCUGCUCUACUCUCCAGCGAGAAGUGUUGUGGUUUCUUCUACUGUGACGAAGAUCGAAGAGUAAACAGCAUCAGAAUGAACUGGGAGGAAGAACUGACAGGGAGUGUUCACCAUUAUCUACCAGGCCUCUGUGAAGAAAAGGUUCAACAAGUUGUGACCCAUUUAAUAGAAGUAACUGGUGUGGAGAGUAUGGGAGACACCAGUCUUGUGACAGAAGCUGACUUAAUUGAAGUUUUAAAACCUCUCCAGUCAAGAAAACUUAUAGCAGGGUGGAACCCCAAGGGAUCAGAAGGAGUUUCUACCUCACUACUACCGCAGCCACCUCAGAGAGUACCCAUGCUGGUACUGGAUGAUAUUCCAGGCCCAUUGAACUCUGAAUGGGUUCAUGAAUUCACCAUACCAUGGGAAAAUACACCACCAGAACUGCGCAGAGCCUUGAAGAAUGAGGUGCCACCAACUCCUUCAUUAAGGAGACGAUUGGUGCAAAUAGUGGUUGAAGCUGCCACUAAAAAAUCAACCAAGAUAAGUAAGAGACAAAUGUCGGUCAUUAGCAAAAAAAUAACUGACGAGUUCCCGAAAUCCUUUUUAGACACUUUCUCUGGUGAAAUAGUUGGUACAGGGCACGAUUCUCUCCUAAAGCAACUCAUAUGUAGGUAUGAGAAUAUAAGUAGACGUGCCAGUACUCCAACACAGGAAAAAAAAGAAGUCCCAAAAGAUUCCAAAAGGGAUAGCUAUGGUUGCCUAAAUCCUACACCGAUGUUACCUGAAGAAGAAACGGAAGAAAAUUUAGAAGAAAUCAGACAGGAGUUAGCACGUAAAGUUCAGCUGCCACCAACAUCUGAACUCGAGUCAUUACUUAACAGGACAUAUUAUGCCCAGAGGAGGGAUAUUAAUGAUAAGUUGCCACUGCAUGAAUUACAAGUUAAGUGGCCUUUUAUGUUUAAAGAAGUUGGCAUGGAAGUGCACUUCAGAAAUUUAUUAGGGAUGCCAAUGAAGGAAACCCUGCAAAAGAUGAUUAGCCUUAGAGGGCCUAAAUUUCUUAAAUUCUUUGAAGAAAAAUAUAUGUCCAAUAAGAAAAUUGCAGAUGCACUUGCUGAAUUAAACACUGUGCGCAGUGUAGUUGAUAAUGAUCGACCCAUUUUAGCAACAGUCCUGUACGUACUCUGUCAUAUUUUAGGAGAGGAUCCAAACUACCUCUUCAAAAAUGUGACAGUGGUUGGAGAAGUCAGUAGCUUGGUGUUACCAGCAACACCGUGCCUCAUAGCAAUUGGAACAUCAGUGCUCCAGGCUACCCGCUUCAUGGUGGCUGUUGAUGGAAGAGUCAUCAACUCAGACAUAACUUCACUUGUUGCUGCGAUGGCCAUGGUUUUCGCUUCAUUCUAUUUAUUUGGUAUUCACUACCCACCAGAAGCUUCAGUCACACUGGAAUGUAUUCAGAGGUGUUUCUACAAGAUAAAUCCUGAAAAGGGGACAAAAAACACAAGAACAAAAAAGAAAGUGGCACCCGAGGAUUUUGAAAAUCAUCUCCAAAUUCUCCACGUUUGA